AUGGUGUCUACGACGUCCAUCUUGACCCUAGUUACGUUGGCUGCCACGGCCAUUGACUACGUGCAGGCACACGGCUAUAUUUACAAGCCUAAGCCUUAUUGGAAAACAAAGGAGAACAGCGAGUGGGUUGUUGAGAUACCGCCCCCGUGGAAAGGAGGGUGGGAUGAAUCUAAAGGUGACGAAGGUCUUCUGAAAGUGUUCAAGGAGCUGGCGCCCAAGCAUGGCUACAAAGACCUUCGAACGCUAAUGGACGGUGAUCCUCUUUACGGCGAUGCUUGUGGCUAUACGGACCCAAAGGGAAAGCCCGUGGACCCUCCGACAGACGGUACAGCCACUUUUUCUCGUUGUUUUCAGCACGCCGGCCCUUGCGCGAUUUUUAUGGACAACAAGUUGGCGUUUGAGAGCCACGAUUGUCAAGGAGAUUUCGGUCGUGGUUCCAAGACAACAAAGUCCAUCAUGAAACCUGUAAAGUAUGAGUUGUGCGCUCCGGGCGGCUGCAUGAUGCGAUUUUAUUGGUUGGGGCUUCAGCGUCUUCAAGGAAAAACUUUGUGGCAGGCAUACAAAAAUUGCAUUCCUCUGACGGGUCCUCCUGGCGGAGGUAGCUCGGGGCAAUCGUCUAAUGGGACAGACUCUUCUAUGGUAGACGCUUCUCAAACAGACGUCACUCAAACAGACGUCACUCAGACGGAUGUUUCUGAUGACUCCAGCUCGAAAUCCGACGACCACAAGUCAAAGGAAUCUCAGAAAACAUCCUCUGACGACAAGUCAAAGGAAUCGCAGAAGACACCAUCUGCUUCCGCAACGCCUCUUGCUCCCGAGACGCCUUCUAGUGAAUACUCUCCGCCGGGAAGCUCGAGUGAUCCUUAUUCGCCCGCCGAUACACCCGCGAUGGCACCUGCCCCAAGCAGCAAGUGCAAAGGUCACCGCCGCCGUCACUAG